CUCUUCACUUUUGGGAUCUUUUUUGUCCUUUUUGGCCCUUUUUUCUUUCUCCUGUUUGGAGAUGUUUGCUCAAUUUCUCUCCUUUCAUUUUUUUCCCCAAUGGGAUUCUUGGUUGGUGAGCUACAAUCCAGCUGCCAUGUAUUAUUGACUUUGCCUUGGAUCAUGAAAUGCUUGUUGUUGUCUGCUCGGAUCCUUGUAUCUUGUUUUUGCGUUCUGGGUUUCUAUUUACCAUGAGAAACUUAGGAAUCUAGCUGCUGUUGUUUUCUCAGUUUUCUCUGUUUUCAGGUGGAAUUCAGAACAGCUAGGAAGUCUGUUUUUCUAGGGCUAUGAAGUGCUUUUAUUUCUCUGGUAAAGUGAAAAAUGGGGAAACAAAAACCGUGAAGUCCAUUUCUGUCCGGUCCUCCACUACCGCUUCAAUUUCCAUGUCAACUGACCAAGAUAUGAAGAGGUCUGGAUCUGAGUUUAAUUCUCAGAAUGUAUCAGAUUUGAGCACAGAAUCCUCCACAAAGAACUCGUUUGCUGCUAUGUCUCAAAAGCAGAAUAAUCUCAGAGUCUUCACUUUCUCAGAGUUGAAGACGGCAACAAAGAAUUUCAGCCGCUCUGUGAUGCUUGGAGAAGGUGGAUUUGGUGGCGUAUACAGGGGUGUAAUCCGGAGCACAGAAGAUCCACAAAAGAAAAUAGACAUUGCUGUUAAACAGCUAAGCAGACGAGGGUUGCAGGGUCAUAAGGAAUGGGUGACAGAAGUAAAUGUUUUAGGAGUUGUUGAACACCCAAAUCUUGUCAAGUUAGUGGGUUACUGUGCUGAGGAUGAUGAAAGAGGAAUCCAGAGGCUGCUGAUAUAUGAAUAUAUGCCCAACAGAAGUGUGCAGGAUCACUUGUCAAGUCGGUCUCAAACAACUCUUCCUUGGGCCACAAGAAUGAAAAUUGCCCAAGAUGCUGCCCGAGGUUUAGCAUACCUCCAUGAGGGAAUGGAUUUUCAGAUUAUUUUCAGAGAUUUUAAGUCUUCUAAUAUACUUUUGGAUGAACAAUGGAAUGCAAAGCUGUCUGACUUUGGGUUGGCCAGGCUCGGCCCCUCAGAUGGAUUAAGUCAUGUCUCAACUGCGGUUGUAGGAACCAUUGGAUAUUCAGCACCAGAAUACUUACAGACAGGGCAUCUCACAUCAAAGAGUGAUGUAUGGAGCUAUGGAGUGUUCCUCUAUGAGCUCAUAACUGGUAGGCGUCCUUUGGAUCGUAGUCGCCCCAAGAGAGAACAAAAUCUCUUGGAAUGGAUCAGGCCACACCUCUCUGAUAUAAAGAAGUUCAGGUUAAUUUUAGAUCCAAGGCUUGAAGGAAAAUAUUGUCUCAAGUCUGCGUACAAACUCGCAGCAGUUGCAAACAAGUGCUUGGUGCGGCAUGCAAAAUCACGCCCCAGAAUGAGUGAAAUCCUUGGGAUGGUGAAUCGAAUCAUGGAGGCCACCGAUAUAGGCAGUCCCAAACCCCCCAUCAAGGGCUUGCAACCGAAUGAUGUUUCUAAAGUGUCCAAAAGCCUGCAGUUAAAAAGAAGGUUCAUGGAUUUAAUAACUGGAGAGGGAGGAUGCUUGAUUUUGAGAACUUGGAGACCAAAGCUUGUAAAGGCAAGUUAAGGAAUGAGUCAAGCAAAGAGAAAUGGCAGAUGUAAAUCACAUGUAAAUCACACUUCACGCUUACAUUUGUAUUACGUAUUUGAUGACACAAUUGUAAAGUUCUGUGUAAGUAAUUCAGACUUUGCUUUCUACAAGGAGGUCUAAAAACUACAUAUUUGGGUUGACACUUUGUGCUAAAAACAUGUAGCUUGAUGAACUAAUGUUUACUGUAGGAGAUAGGCAAUCUUGUUCUUUCAGAAGUAGAAAUAGAAAGAAUAUAAGAGU